AUGGCCGAGGCUAAUAAGAGAAAUAUUCCCAUCAAAUUGGGCGACUUCAGCGUUAUCGAUACGGAGUUCAGCAGCAUACGCGAACGUUUCGAUUCCGAGAUGCGCAAAAUGGAGGAGGAGAUGGCCAAGUUCCGUCACGAGCUGAUGAACCGCGAGGCGAAUUUCUUCGAAUCAACCAGCUCUACUAAAAAAACAACAACUACAACCAGCUCAACAACAAACUCGGCACUGCCUUCCCGAGUGCCCAAGCCACAGAACUAUGUGUCCGAUAUCAGCUCGCCAUUGAUACAGGACGAGGGCGAUAACAAAGUGCUAAAGCUGCGCUUCGAUGUCAGCCAAUACGCACCCGAGGAGAUUGUUGUGAAAACUGUCGAUCAGAAGUUGCUGGUGCAUGCCAAGCACGAAGAGAAAUCAGAUACAAAGAGCGUUUACAGGGAAUACAAUCGCGAGUUUCUGUUGCCGAAGGGCGUGAAUCCCGAAUCGAUUCGCUCGUCCCUGAGCAAGGAUGGUGUCCUGACCGUGGAUGCACCGCUGCCAGCGCUCACUGCCGGUGAAACUUUAAUACCCAUUGCGCACAAGUGAGAUGGAGGCACCAGUAAUUCGUAGUCCUACCUAUCCACAGGCCAGCUAUUUACCACAACACAACACAACAACAACAACAGCAACAAAUCCCUACUAAAAAUAUAAAGUCGAAAAUAGAAUUCACAAUUGGCCUAAAUUACAUCAAAAUUUGUUUUUUUUUUUUUCGUUUUGCUAAAAUAUAAA